AUGGGCACCCCCGAGCAUAGCUACAAAGUGUCACCACCGCCGUUUGUUCCGCUCACUCAGCCAACUGUCAUUGAUGUGGAAACUUUGCAAAACGUGGUUCUUCCUGGUGGACAACCCAAUCCGACCGUAGUCAUCGUCACCACUCCGAAACCCGCACCGUCUUUUGCCAGUUACGAAACGACUUGUUAUAGCUGUGGAAAAUCCGUGCACACCCUUCCGAAAUUUGUCAUUGGAUCUCUCACCUGGAUCGUCUUCAUCCUCGUGCUCAUCUGCUUCUUCCCACUUGCAUUUGUUCCAUUCUGUCUUGAUAGCUGUAAAGACGUCCAUCACUAUUGCCCACGCUGCAAUGCACUUCUUGGUAUCAAGAAGCGUAUUUUCUAA